CACAUCUUGGUGUAGUGCCUAGCGGUCGCCAUGGCUACGCCAGCGGUGGAGUACACUAUCGGUGGAGUAAGAAUCCACUUCCCGUGCAAGGCGUACCCCUCCCAGCUGGCCAUGAUGAACGCGAUUGUGCGUGGGCUGAACCAUGGGCAGCACUGUCUCCUGGAGAGCCCGACUGGCAGUGGGAAGAGUUUGGCCCUGCUCUGCUCCGCCCUGGCCUGGCAACAGGCCCAGCAUGGUAAGGUGGACUUGACCCCUGCAGAGCAGUGUAAGAAGCCAGUGGUGACCACACCCUGCCAGUGCACCUGCCACUUCAGACACCCCAGGAUUCCCAAUGUCCCCAGACCCCCUGCCAGAGCGAGCCCAAACCUGCCCAAUGUGGACCUAACAGGCCAAGACACAACCCAGCCCCCAGACACAGGACCUUCUCUAGAGGACUACAGGCCCAGGAGCAGCACCUUGGCCGCCCGCCUGGCGAAGAAACUCCAGACCUCUCUGGUUGAGGAGAAGGAUGAUGAUUUCCAGCCUGAUAGGAAACGUAUUCGCAAUCCUGCCAUGGAUGAGAAGGGUAGAAAGCUGAGGUGUCUGGAGAGGGGUGUGGUGUUCCUGGAUGAUGAGUUAGAGGGUGAGAGACCACCCCCCAGGGCUCGAACCUGGAGUGUGGAGUUGAGCAGCCAGGCUCAGGCAGCUGACAUCCCCUCUGCUUCACCCUGCUGUUCUCCCGGUCCCUGCUCCAUGUGCCCAUGCGCUGGCACCCCCGAGGGGCAGAAGCCCUCUGAAAAGGGGAAGGACCAGGAUCCAGAGGGCAGUGCAGGGAAGAAGGCAAAGAAGGCGGUCACUAAGAUCUUCUUUGGGACGCGCACCCACAAGCAGAUCACCCAGAUCACCCGCGAGCUCAAGCGCACCCUCUACUCCAGUGCCCCCAUGACCAUCCUGUCCAGCCGGGACCACACCUGCGUCCACCCCGACGUCAUCGCCCAUGGCAACCGCAACGAGCGCUGCAAGGACCUGCUAGAGGCCAAGAACGGCCAGACAUGCCGCUUCUACCACAGCGUGCACAAGAUGCGCGAGCAGAGCACGCUGCAGCGGGUGCACGGGCUGCACCAGGCCUGGGACAUCGAAGACUUCGUCCGCCUGGGCGAGAGGCUGCGCUCAUGCCCCUACUAUGCCGCCCGUGAACUCAUGCAGGAGGCCAGCAUCGUCUUCUGCCCCUACAACUACCUGCUAGACCCACUCAUCCGAGAGAGCAUGGAGAUAAACCUGAAAGGGCAGGUGGUUGUGCUGGACGAGGCCCACAACAUCGAGGACUGUGCCCGCGAGAGCGCCAGCUACACCCUGGAGCAGAGCCAGCUGCUGUCGGCCCGCGAGGAGAUCGACGGGAUGGUGCACCACAACAUCCGCCGCAGCCACCAUGAGCCGCUGCGCGCCUUCUGCUGCAGUCUCCUCAACUGGGUGCAGGAGAGCUGUGGGGCUCUGCAGGAGAGAGAAUAUGAGAGCUCCUGUAAGGUCUGGAGUGGGACAGAGGUCCUGGAAGUCUUCCAUGGGCUGGGAAUUACACCCAGCACCUUCUCCGUGCUGCAGAAGCACCUAGCUGCAGUCCUGGAGAAGGAGGAGCAGGUGGGCAUGGUGAACGGGAGGGAGGACAUGGUCCAGGUGCCCACCAUCAGCUCCACCACACAGUCUGUCCUCAAGAGCCUCUUCAUGGUGUUGGAGUUCCUGUUCAGACAUAACUGCAGGUUUGCGGGGGACUACCGUGUGGCACUGCAGCAGACAUAUGCCUGGACCACGCCGCCAGAUGUCCCAGAUGCCCAGGGUUUCUUUGCUCGGCCACAACGCCGCCGCAGCGCCCGCACUAAGACCCUGGUGCACACACUCAGCUUCUGGUGCCUGAACCCCGCUGUGGCUUUCUCGGACCUGAGCGAGUCAGUCCACUCCAUCAUCCUGACCUCUGGCACCCUGUCUCCGAUGGGCUCCUUCUCUUCCGAGCUAGGUGUCAAAUUCUCCAUCCAGCUGGAAGCCAGCCAUGUCAUCAGCAGGUCCCAGGUGUGGGUGGGCACGGUGGGUGCUGGGCCGCAGGGGCGGAAGCUGUGUGCCACCUUCCAGCACGCCGAAACCUUCGCCUUCCAGGACGAGGUGGGCGCCCUCCUGCUGCAGGUGUGCCAGGCUGUGGGCCGUGGCGUCCUGUGCUUCUUGCCGUCCUACAAGAUGCUGGAUAAAUUGCGUGAUCGCUGGACUAACACGGGACUCUGGGAGAAGAUAGAGGAGAGAAGGAUGGUCAUCACAGAGCCAAGGGGCGGGGCCAAGGGUGACUUUGACAAGCUGCUGCAGACUUACUACGACGCCAUCAGGAACCCGGGCAACAAAGAGGGAGCGCUGCUCAUUGCUGUGUGCAGGGGAAAAGUCAGCGAGGGGCUCGACUUCACUGAUGACAACGCCCGCGCUGUGGUUACCAUCGGAAUCCCCUUCCCCAACAUUAAAGACCUGCAGGUGGAGCUGAAGAUGAAGUAUAAUGAUCAGCACUGUAAGGCUCGUGGGCUCCUUCCUGGUAGCCGCUGGUAUGAGAUCCAGGCCUACAGAGCACUGAAUCAGGCCCUGGGCAGGUGUAUCCGCCAUAAGAAUGACUGGGGAGCGCUCAUUCUGGUGGACGACCGCUUUAGGUGUAACCCCAGCAAGUACAUCACAGGCCUGUCAAAGUGGGUGCGUCAGCUGGUCCAGCACCAUGACACCUUCAGUGGGGCCAUGCGCUCGCUGGUGUCCUUCUCCCAAUGCCAGCAGGGGGCAGCAGUGGUGCGCACAGACAUUUCCAGCACAGCAGAGCAGAGUGCCCUGUCGCCCUCCGGACCCUCCUCACCUGCUCCCCCAGCUCUCCCUGGACCCCCGCUACUCUCUCCCCUGGAUCCCCUACCCAAACUCCAGCAGGGUUCCCCUCGCUGUGCCCCCCCCGCAGCCGACGCCCGUCCCAUGGCCGAUGCCCCCACAGGGAGCCCAGAUUCAGGUGAUGGGCUGUCCUUGCAGCAGGAGCAGUGUCCAAGAGAGCCCCUCACCCAUGGGCGGGACAGUGAGGGCUGGUCUCGGCCCCCCCUUCGCCCAGUACACCAGCUAUUCACUUCCACGCCAGUGGUUGCCCGCUUUAAGACACCCCUCUUCCAGGUUAAGGGGUGGGCACUGGAGACUUCCUCGUGGGGCUGCGAGGGGACACAGCCCGAGGGGGUCAGGGAUUUGCCUGCCCUGGUGGCUGGAGACAUGAGCGUCAGUCAGGAUGAGGGAGGAGGUGGAGAGACGGCAGACCCCCUACAUGCAACGGUUGACGUCUUACCUGUGAGGGCCCUCCAUGGGGGCCCAGUUGAGGAGGACAUUGGUGCAGUACCUGUCCUCAAAGAAGAGGAAGUGGAGGGUGAGGAAGAGGAAGACCAGUCCAUCUUCUUCACUCCAGAGCUCUUCGAGGGUGAGGAGGAAGGGGACUACAAUGAAGAAGAGGAAGUUAAAAACUCCCCGCCCAGUACUGUCCCCUCUGGGAUGGAGCCGGACCCUCAAGGGUGUUCUCUCCCCCUCUCUAACGGGGUGUCCCAGGGGCUGUCGGAGGACCUCUUCAGCUCCAGGUCGGCUCUAAGGACGGUGACAGUCACUCCCUCUGACAGUCAGCAGGGCGGCGCAGUGGUGACAGAGCAGGCUAGAGAAGGCAGUGGCAGGGAUAUAGGGCAGGUCCCGAUGCCGGACCCUGGCAGAGGCAAAAGCAACAGGCUCUCCAGGUCUAGACAGAAAGGUGUUCCGUCAUCAGCAGGUAAAUUGACCUCCUAUUUCCCCUCUGUCUCUCUAGCCAAUCAUGGCCAGGUCACCCGGUGUGACCAUUAGAUCACAGGAACACCACAGAGCUGGGUUUUCCCAGCACAGAGCUGUUUAAAGUGCCAGCAUAUGUAUGACAAAGCUGCAAACUGGACCAAACUGCAACUGCAGAAAUGUUUUUACAUCGACUUAUUCUUUUAUCUUGUUAAAAAAGCUGCUCAGAUAUUUUAACCCAAUAAUAAAAACCCUUGCUCUGGUUGUUUUAAAUGAAGUGUAUUGAUGGAGGCCAUGCCUAAGAUGGCUGCCAAGCUGACAAUCACACAGGUGAAGAUAACAUUUUGUACCACAGGCCUUUAAUCAUGUGACCUUGUGAUGUAAGCAGAAGGGAGGUGCUGUGAUUGAUGACGCAUGCAGCAAUGCAGCGUCUGUAGCUAACGGUCACUGAGCUACGAAUGGUUCCACAAAGCCCUUGUCAUCCUUCUCUCUCACAGACACCACACAUUACAGCUCCACACUG